AUGGCGCCAUGCCUCUCCCUAUUCACUGUCUUCAUCUUCCUCCUCGGCCAUGCGCUGGUUCUCCAGCAGAUAGCCGCCAAGGUCUUCCUUGUCCUAAUGGAUGACGAUGCCGUGAUCUCCUACCGGAGAUGCCACCGUCAUCAACCCCUGUACAUAUAUCUCGCGCCAGAAGUCUCUUCUUCUCUCUUCUCUCCUGCCCCUCUUUCCCUCUCUUCUGCAACCAUUAUUCUCUCUCCUCCCAAUUCUCUCUCUCUCUCUAAGUCUGUCUUUCUUCCUCAGGGGAGGGGACGACAAAAGGAUGUACAGAGAGAGGGCGGCCACUGGGCACGACGUCUUCCUCCUCUCCCUCCUCCCCGAGGGCACUUACACCAAGUUGUACAGCUACACCCACCUGCUGAAUGGCUUCGCCGUCCACACAACCUCGGAUAAGGUCCUCUCCAUUAUAUGGCCAAGUCAACACAUCAAAACUAUUCUUUUCGAGAAACUAUUCUCUGUUGACUUCGAGUAGAAGGCCGGGUGGGUCGGAAUGGAAGCGAAGAAUAGUGAUGUUUGGCCAUUCAUUACUCCAAGGUUUGAUAGUCGUUGACCGAGAUGAAUCACUGUGAGGAUUUAGCUGUUUACAGGUUCUGAGGAUCCUACGCCGAGCAAGAGGCGUCAGGUUCAUCCAGGAGGACGUGAAGAUGGCGAAGUUGACCACCCACACUCCGGACUAUCUCGGGGUUACCGGAGGCGUGUGGCCGGAUCUGGGCGGCCCCGAAAACGCCGGAGAAGGAGUCGUAAUAGGGAUGGUGGACACCGGAGUCAACCCCCGCCAUCCCAGCUUCUCCAGCUCCGGCGAGUCGUCGAGGGGAAAGAAGGGCAGAUUCAGAGGGGAGUGCGAGCACGGCGACGGCUUCCCGCCGACUGCGUGCAACGGGAAGAUCGUCGGCGCGAGGCACUUUGCCCGCGGUGCAGCCGCCGCCGGCGAGUUCAACGCCACCUCCGACUUCGCUUCUCCCUUCGAUCCCGAUGGCCAUGGCAGGUAGAGCUUUAAUUCGUCCAAGCAUCUGUAGGACUUAUGAAGAUCAUACUUAUCUGCUUUGUGAAGCUUGUGAACAGCCAUACUGCUGCGACCGCCGCCGGAAACCACGGCGUACCCGUCAUUGUGGGCGGCUUCAACUACGGAUAUGCUAGCGGGAUGGCCCCUAGUGCCCGGUAAAUCGAGAAAAUCUACAAGAACUCUACUUUUUCUACCUUCCCCGUCAAAGAAAUCGUCAAAUCUGAAGUCGUCUUCUUCGAAAAACCUCAGUAUCGCCGUUUACAGAGCCCUGUACCAGUUUGGAGGCUUCAUGUCGGACGUAGUCGCCGCUGUUGAUAAGGUUCUGCAGUGUAAUCAACCACCCAAAUAAUGUCUAGAAGGAAAAAGUAAUACGUGAUGGUUUCUCGAGGGUUUUCACCAGGCGGCGGAGGACGGCGUGGACGUUCUGAGCCUGUCUUUGGGGCCGUUGAGCGUGCCCUCGGGGCCCGCGGUGUAUCUCAGCAUACUGGACGUGGCGCUGCUCUCCGCAACGAAGGCAGGGGUGGUCGUCGUCCAGGCAGUGGGCAACGGAGGACCAUCGUCUUCUUCCGUCCUCUCCUUCAGCCCAUGGAUACUCAGCGUCGCUGCCUCGACCAUCGACCGCCAGUACAACAACGCCAUAGUUCUUGGCAAUGGCCGGAGCAUCGCCGCCGCCGGCCUCUCGCGUAUGACCCCUCGAGUUUCCUUGAAACCAUAGCCAGAGUUUCUUUAAGAUGGCUCACACACUGGGAGAGGACUCUAUUCUAUUUCAUGGGUGAUUCUUUAUCCCAGCUCCGACGCCCGGAGAAGAACUGUUCCCCAUGGCCGCUGCAACGGACGUCUCCUCCAGGAGCACGUGGGGUUCAUCCGGGGGGGACUGUCUGAACCGAUCAGCCUUUGUCCCCUGGCUGGUGGAGGGGAAGAUCGUCAUCUGCACCUGCGCCGUCGACUCCGAUGUCGACGGUGGAGCCAUCAAAGCCGCCAUUGCCGACGUCAUGAGAAAGCUCGGCGCCGCCGGCUUCAUCCUGGUCGCCGAACCUGGCGCCGGCUCCGAAGCUCCUCCCACAGUAGCCACCGUCAGCAUAGACGUCCCCAGCGCCGUCAUAACCAGCUCCGGCAACUCCAAGGCAGGCCCCCCCCCGCCACUCCACUGUGUUAAAUCGAGAAUUACUUAUUCUGUGUUCUGGUUUUCCCUUCUCCCUCUCUUCUCGUCGCUUGUUACCAUGCUAUCGCCGCCUUAUUAUCCUCUCUAUCUUUUUUUCUAAUGCCGCCGGAUUGGCGCAGCCAAUGUGGGACUACUACAACGCCAACUCAGCUCGAGGCUCCCGCGGGGAGGUGCUGGUGUUCGGAGCGAGAGCGAGAAUAACGGAUGGCCGGCAUGCCGUCUACACAGGCGAAGCGCCCGUUGUAGCGGCGUACUCGUCGAGGGGGCCUGACGUUGACAACGUGCUGCUGCAGGCCGCCGACGUGCUGAAGCCCAACGUCAUGGCGCCGGGGUCCUCCAUCUGGGCGGCGUGGAGCCCCGCAAGCCAGGGGGAUCCCCAUCUCAGAGGUAACCCACAAACAUCCUCCUCAAGCAAAUCUUCCUCCUAUUGCGUCUGGCAAACUUUAGGGCAAGUCCCUCCCAACUUCCCAGAAAAAGAUUACAUUUUUUAGCCUAGAUUCACAUACAUGAUACCUAGCUGUACAAGCCCAGACCUUUUCCCCGUCUCCCACCUUCACAGGGGCUGAUUUUCGAUCCGCCAUGAACAGGGCAGAGCUUUGCUAUCCAGUCGGGGACGAGCAUGGCCACCCCGCACGUAUCCGGCAUUGCCGCGCUCAUCAAGCAGAGAUACCCGCACUGGAGCCCCGCCGCCAUCUCUUCGGCGUUGAUGACCACGGCCAGAGACAGAGACAUCGCCGGCGCCCCCAUCCUUGCCCAAGGGACAGGCCAGCUAUCUCCUGCCAAUCCCUUCGACCUCGGAGCUGGGUUCGUCGACCCGGCUAUGGCGAUGGACCCGGGCCUGGUUUUCGACGCGGGGUUUGAGCAGUAUGUUGGAUUUCUCUGCGCUGUGCCUGGCGUCCACUCGAGUUCCGUGCGAAGGGCGGUGGGGGUGGGCUGCCAUGAUUCUGAGAGGAAGGAGUGGAGCUCGGAUCUGAACACGGCGAGCGUGGCCAUCUCGAGCUUGGUGGGGUUGAGGGAGGUCACCAGGACGGUGACCAGCGUCGCCAACGAGAGGGAGAUGUACAGGGUCACUGUCCGGGAUCCGGCGGGAGUCUCCGUGUCUGUUGACCCCACGGUAUUUUCCAUACGCCCCAACUCGUCGAGGCUUCUCAGGAUCUCGCUAGAAGCCCGAGAGGCACUGAGAACCUUCACCUUCGGGGAACUGCGGCUGGAGGGGAGUAGGGGUCAUUUCGUCAGGGUUCCCAUCGCGGUUUACGUCAGUAGCGCCAUGAAACCGUGA